CUUAAAUAUUUUCAUAAAAAAUGUCUGUUAUAGCAAAACCAAAGUUUCUUAGUAGGGCUCAUGAAGUGAGCAUUAAGUCAGCAAGAAAACCAAAGUCAAGCCCCUUUUCAAAUGCAAAAUCAAUGAAGGGUAAAGAAGGACAUAAUUUUCCACAAACACAGAAGACUUUUUGAUAUUCUAAUAAAAAUUUCAUUGCUAAUAAUCAGUCUCCAAUUACAAAAAUUGACUCUAAAUUGAAGUUUGAAAUUCAACGGAUAGUCCUCUCAAGCAUUGAAAAUUACAUAAGACCCUUAAGAAUAGAGAUCAGCGAGCUAAAGAGAAGGAUGAGUGAUUCAAAAGAAUUCGACUCUAAUAUUGAGAACGAACCUCUUUAUACUCAAGAAAAGCAAGAUAUACUGGGGUCAUAUGACAUUAACAAAAUCUCUUCAUGAUUAGGGAGCACUCGUCGAUCAAGCAAACGAAAUUUAUGAAGGGAUACAAGAAAUUUUGUACCCCUGAGUACCACUAGUCUUGAUAAAAGGAUGAGUGUUUUACAAGAUAUCCAGAAGAUCACUCCAAGCUCUCUUCAUGCCAAUAAUAUUACCUGUCUUGUCCCUGAAAAAUUUGGGGAUGACCAAAGUGAGGAAUUAAAAACGAAAAAGGUACAUCAUGAUGCAAGAUCUUCCAUAAUCUUCAAGAAGCCUGUUAGCCAAGAACUUUGUCUUAACGAUACGACCAAUGUAGAGAUGGUUCAUAAAACUUUUCAGGAAACCCCUAAGCAAGAACUUGGGUCAAAACGAAGAAAUAAGCAAGAUGGUGUUUACACUAGAGGCCAUGUUAAAAGCAACCAGAACCACUUACAGAGAAAAGUUGUAAAUGAUAGCAUCACUUCGAUGGAAUGAACAGACCAGAAAGAUAACCAUGAUGUCUUAAGUGAUUACUCUACUGGAAAGAUCAAUGAGAUGAAGGUUCCUGGUACAACUCUCUGAAACCCAGAUGUCUAUAUCAAAGAUGAACAAGAAAGCUUCAUAUCUGAUGGUUCAAAGACAAUCACAGAGCCGGAGCAUGUAAAGGUUAAGGUCUCCCAUCUUAGGUCAGCCAAGAUUUCGCUGACAACUUGAACUUGAGAUUCGGCCAAGUAUGCAGAGAGCAAUAGAAAUUAUGAACAGAAUUGUGGGCUAUAUUGAAAAUAUCUCAGCUCUAUUCAUCAAUUUAAGGCUAUAUUUGGGUGAAAGAAAAAACCAGAAAUUAGAGAAGAUUCCUCUUGUGAACAGUAUGUUGUUCCAUCUACAUGGUGGAGAAAAUGGUGUGAUUUCAUUAAUAUUGAAUAUAACACCUUUGAAAAACUUUCUAAAGAUACUUCGAUUCAAAAGCUUUCAUCAGGACUACUAAAGCAUGAUAGGAACACUAGUCGUAAUUUCCUAGGACCUCAUCAGAGUUCUAUUCCUGUUUCUCUGCAUAUCAGCAACUUAUAUGGAGAGACUCCAGAAAUGUCUUCUCAUGAUCAUAAAGAGACUCUACAAGUUCCCUCUCUCCCUCGUGGUUCUAACCAGACUUCUGCACAUGAGACUUCCCACAUGAAAUCAGAGAGUGAUGAUCAAGUGUAUUCGAAGCCUGGUAAAAUCAUUAACAAAGAUUUGGUCAGGAUUUACCACUGACUAGACUCUCACGAGGAGAAAAUUGCUCUAAAAUCUAGUGUGCAAGAGGUAUAUGAUUAUAUUAAAGUGGACAAGAGAUGUUGGGAGUUAUUGAAGAGUUGGUACGAUUAUGACUUUGAAGUAGCAGCCCCUGAUUUUGACCCAGAGUCUUGAUUAAGCUAUUUAUAA